UUUAUCAAGAACACAGAACAAAGGAUUACAGUUUAACUCCCAGAAGAUAAGGAAAACAAGUGCUCGCUUUCAUGGCUGCUGCUCUUGCAUUCUCAAUUACCAACCGUUUUUUAAAUUCUCGUGCCCUUCUGUUUCCUUCAGUUUCAUCAAACCCUCUUGUAAUCUCAAAGAUAUCUACAGUUUCUUAUUUAUCAACAAAAGAUGCAGGCCAUCACAUGAAGCUCAAGAACCCCUCACGAGCAUCUGCUGAGGGAAUUCCUAGUGAGUUAAUGGAUGAAGAUUCAAAGUUUGUUCCCUUAAACGCGGAGGAUUCUGCACAUGGUCCACCUGCCUUGUUAUUGUUGGGGUUUGAAGUAGAGGAAGCAGUGAAGAUAAGAGAGCUUCUCAAAGAGUUGGAUGGUGAAUUCUUAAAGGUUAUUUUUUGUACCGAAGACAUGAUUCCUCGGUCGCUAUGGGAAGCAAUGAAUACAAGUCAAACAAAUUUGGAAACUGUGAUGGUUGCAAAGUCAUUGCCACGGAUCUGCUUCUUGUCUGGCCUUAGUGGGGAGGAGAUGAUGAUGUUCAUUGAUGCUUUUCCAGAAACAGGACUAGAACCAGCUGUGUUUGCAGCUCUUGUUCCAAACAGUGCUGACAAACCACUCGAGGAAUUAAUAGAAGAAAUUAUGGGGGACCAUGAAAUGCUGGCUGCAAAUCAACCUGGCUCAACAGAGGCAAAAUCAGACUCUACCUGAAGGCUCGAGAUUAUUUCUACUGUCGUUCAUGGGGUUUUCUGAUAAUAAAGUUCUCAUUGAUUGUGAUUUCUGGGGAAAAGAAGUCACGUUUUCUCCUCAUCAGUCGAGGAAGUUCUUUUUUUUCUUUUGUCAGAAUAAGAGCAUAUAUUGAACCUCCAUUGUUGUUAACCAGAAAGAAAGGGAGAAACAGAAUCAAUAGCAAAGUCCAGUUUUCAAUUUUA